AUGAGUGAAGAUGAUAUUAUCAACGUUCAUGUGAAAACAGUCGAUGGCUCAAAGUUCUUCAUUUUGGCUAAUCUUGAUGAUACCCUCCUUGAACUCAAGAAAAAAAUUGAGAAUAAAGCUAGCUACAAAGUAGACAAACAAGUGAUCACUUACAAAGGUGAACCCCUCAAAGACAAUUAUAUUACCCUAAGAGAUGCAAAUUUCAAUGAUCUCUCCACAAUCCAUUUACUCUCCAGAGUAAUAGGCGGCUAUAAGAAACCAGACUUAGAUCUCAGAUCUCCCAUAAAACCCUCAUAAAAACCUUGCUUCCCCAAACUCCCUCCUCUCUUCCUGCUCUCCCACUGAUCCUCUCCCUGUUCCUAGCCACUGGCUAAUCCUGAUCAGCAUUUGGGAAUAUUUUAGGACCUUC